CUUGGCAGACUGUCAUUCAUUUAAGCCCCUGAUCGGGCGCCCUUCGCACAGCUCCCCGCCAUAGAGAGCCCUCACCAACCUGGCCGCGAUGUUCCUCUGCAGAUCGACUCGUCUGACACUCUCCCAUUUGGCACGCAAGUCCCCCGCGGGUUUCUGUAGAAAUGUUGUUCCCAGGAGACCCAUGUCCUCCGGCGUGCCAGGGGGCAGCGGUGAGCACUUUGUGUACUUCGCACUGUGUGGCGCCUCCCUCACUGCGGGCCUGGCCUAUGCAUACCGGACCGUGACCGAAGACCGCACUCGGUAUAACGACCGGGUCACUGAACUCCAAGCGAGGCCGAAGGAUGAAUGGCAGUCAAAACCUUGGCCGCCCAAAGGAGGAGACGAUGCCGAAUCUGAGGCAGAAGAGGAAGGAGGAGAUGAAGGUGAAGAAACACCUGCUGGGGAGGCUGUAGCUGUCGAGGAUUCUCUAGAGGCUGCAGAUGGCUCAGAAGUGGCGGAGCCAGCAUUGGCGGAGGCGGAGCCAGCAUUGGCGGAGGCGGAGCCAGUCUCUGUGGAAACUGUCAACGAGCCUUCAGGGGCAGAUCUGGAGGCGGCACUAGCAGAGGCCAUGGAGGAGGCCCUUGUGGAGGGGGCCCCAGCCUCUGCUGAGAGCGAUGUGCUGACGCCGGCCAUGCUCAAUACCAUUCAAACAGUGUCAGAGGUGGAGGGAGCUGAGAGUGUUGGGAUACCAGCUUCCUGUGUGGGUGAGGUGGCAGAGAUGUUGGAGGAUGUGCCUGGACAGAUCAUGGAGCUGGAGGCUGAGGAACCGGUGCGGAAUCAGAUGGGAACAGUUACUGGGCCAAAUGCUAAUCUCAAGGAUUUAAUGGGGGUUACAUCAGAACGAGAGAGCGUUAUGUUAGCAGAUACACCCACAGCUUCUACAGAAGAAGAAAAGUCUGUCGUGGUCCAGCUGGUACCAGAGGCUAAGGAAGCAUCAUCAGUGUCAGUAGCAGAGAUGUCCUUGGUGGAGGACACGGCCAGGGCUACAGGUACAGAGGAGGAAUCAGUGGUUGAAGAACCUGUAUCUUCUGAGGAACCGGCAGCUGACACAACAGCUGAAGGAUCUGAAGUCAAUGUGGAGAAGGAGGCAUCUACUGAAUUUACUGUCGCUGCAGUUGAAGACCCCGAAGUUUUCUUAUCCAAUGUGGAACCUGUAUCUACUUCUAAGGAGGAACCAGCACCUGACUCAGCAGUUGGAGAACCAGCUGCAAUUGUGGAGGAGGAAGCAAGAGAUGAAACAGAAGCCAAAGAUUAUGCAGCCACCAUUGCUGAAGAACCAGAAGUUCUGUCAUAUGCUGAAGAGCCUGCAUCAACUUCUAAGGAAGAACCAGCACCAGACUCAACAGCUGAAGGACCAGUAGCCUCUCUUGAGGAUGAACCAGCAGAAGCUCCUACAGAAUUCAUUACAUUGGAAGAAGUAAAAAUAGAAACUCUACAUUCUUCUAUACAUCCACCAGAGAAGAUUCCAGAGAAUAAAACCGCAGCAGCAGGUCCAGACAAUCUGACAGAAGAAACUUUAUCAUCAAAAGAUGAGUUUUCUCAAGUAGUGGAAGCUGAAAUAUCUCCGGAAGUGGAGGUGCAGAGUAGCCUUGAAGCCAUGAAGAUUGAGGCCAACCCAAUAAUGGGGGCAGCGGAAACGGAAGGUGAAGAUCAUCCUGCGGUGCCAGCUGAAAUGUGUCCCAUCGUGGAGAAUUCUGAGCCUCUGCUGAACACAACAGUUCCGGCAGAAGAAGUGGCCCAGAAACCCACAGAGAAGGCCGAGGCACAGCUUACGGGAACGGAGAUGGCGGAGCCCAAACGCACCCCUGCAAAUGAAUACGUGGUGGUGGUUCUAGAGGGUGCACCUAAGGAACCGAAGAAACCAAAGGUCCUAGGGAUUGUUCCGACGACCGCAAGUAUCUCUUCCCCAAAAGGACGGCUGCUAGAAGUUAAAGACCCUUAGGCAUCAGCUGAGGAUGUGACUAUUUCCAUCUCCAGCUCAAAGUGGUGAUUAGAAGCUCUGCGGCAAAAACACUGGCAUCCUGGGAAGGGAGUACCAACCCGCUUUUCCCAUUGGACGAUGACGAUCACUUUUCUCCAGGAUAAUGUCUCCCUUAUGAGUUCCCAUUUCCCUGACUCCCGCCAUUCCGUUCCUCUCCUGUAAUGACACGACUACAGCCUGACGGGACCAAAGGUGCAGUUUUCUUGCUUAUUUCUGGGUUUGAGUACAUAUACAGGCAAUGGCCUAAAUCAGUUAAUUCCUCAUCAAAGAGUAAGAAGCUAGAGUGAACACAGUCCCAUAAGAUUAAACCCCAAAAGUAAGUACAGGUUACCCCCCUUCAUGCUGCAAACGAAAGGUGCUUCAGACAUUUUAGGGACAGGGAAGCACCAUCUUAAUAUGUGAAUCAUUAGCUAUGCUCCGCAGGCCUUUUAAGUGGAGAUCCAGUUUUUGAGAACCUGCUUUCUGCAGUAUACCUGGUAUACAAUUCCACACCCAGAUGAGUCUCUCUUGAAUUGACAUGUUCCCCAAACAACUAUGACGAUUAGCUGCAUCAUUGAGAUCAGGUGCAGUGUCAUUAUUAUUGUUCUAAAUUCAGUAUUUUUUCCCUACACAUACAGCUCUAUUUAAGGAGGUACAUUGGGAAGCAUAUCCUGGUGACAUACUGCCUCCACCUUAAGUUUUUAAUCCUACACGAUUUUAAAAACUUUUUCCAAGAUGCUCCACUGAGUAUUUCAACUUCCAGUAGUAUUUAAGGGCAAAGAAAUCUAGGAUCACUUAAUCUAAUGGGAACAUAAACUGCAGUAAAUACUACAAGAACACAAGAAUACGUAUUCCUAAUCAGCAUUCUGUUCUGAUGUGUAUUAUGAUUUAUAAUGCUGCAUCCUGUAAUAAUCCGAUAAUUCCUAUGCUGUAGGUUUUGUUUGGAACCGGAUUUUUAUAUUAAUGUUUACAUAGAACAGUUUUGUUUAAACUGAAAUAAUUCCCAUUGUAUAUCCAUGCCCGAGUCUCACUUACCUGUUUACACCGUGAGAUUACCCCCCGUUCUGCAUUCUUGCUGUCUACCUGACAAAGAACACGGAGCAUAGGUGUACAGUUAACUGUAAAGUGUGUUUUUCUUACUGCAGUCUGUUUACAGAGUCAUCACAGCACACUGACGUGCGUCCUCUUUUUGCAUCACAUAUCGACUCUAAUAUUAUACAAUGUCGUUGAUUUAAAAUGUUUUCAUUUAAUGGGUGUUAAAAUUUUAGGGGAGUUGGAAUUUAAGGAAAACCUAUUGAAGAAUUGUAUGCUUAAUGUAUUGGUUCCCUGUAGUUUACAUAUGACAUAUGAGUUUACUCAUUCUUCAAUCCUCCCCCCGUAUUCCAUAUUAAGUAUGCCACUCCAUUUCAUACGAUUCGUCAGUUAUUUUGGCGAAAGAAAGAAAGUUCCGUUUUCAUCAUGUUUAGUUUUAAAGGGUGUUUUGUUUUUUUUUCUGCAAUAGAACGGGUUUAGAAAUAGUCGUAAACGGUGAAUUUAGACUUUCGUCUUCAGGAAAAUAAAGAGGGGAUCGAACGUG